AUAGCUACGAAUAAGAAGCGUCUAUAUAUUACUCUGUACUCUAGUAGAGUUGUAGGUAAUAAGAAAAGAAGGUCUCUAGAGACGUUCACGUUUCUAAUUAGACUAAAAGCUAAGAAGAGUAUAGAUAUUCCUAGUAUUCGCUGUUAUGUAAAGAAUAACCUAACUAGCGAAUAG